CUAUUCCAAUUGGAUUCUUAACGAAUUGUUGCACAUGCGAUCUGUUGGUUGUUGGACUCGGUUACAGAAACUAUGGAGUCGAAAAGUGUUGGAUAAUCUUUGUUUAUGGAAGCCUUGUUUAAGUUUCCACUAUACAUUCACUAAAAGCAACGAUAUGGGUAUUCAAUGGUGUGGCGAAAGGUUGUUCACAACUGAAAUAUGGACAAGGCACUAUUCUCAAUCAACGAGUUGGAGAAAACUUUUGAAAAGUGGCUUUUUAAUCUUAGCACCUUGCAUAUAUUUUGCAGUUUCUAACCCCAUAUCCAAUGAUUCGAACUCUUCGUCCAGUCUUCAGACACUUACUUCAAAAGAUCUAUUGGAAGCUGCUAAAGAAGCUGCUCGUGCUAUAGAGCUCAAGUCCAGCCGUAUAUUGAACUUGUACUCUGUUGCUUCCCGAUCUCCUUCUUUUAUAGAUAUGAAGCAAAGGGAACAAUCAGCUUUGGAAGCAUUAUCGUUGGCUGAUCGUUGGGUACAAAAGUUGCAAUCACUUUUAUUUACCGAAACACAAUCACCCUUUCCAACAGUAGAUUGGAGAAAGUGGCUUAUGGAUAUCGGAAGUGUUUUCAUGGGAAUGAUGUUGAUCACUUGUAUUCGUUUUGUGAGUCGAGGUUGUUCUGUUUCUGUACUUGGGAAAAACUUCAUUUGGAAGCCAUCUUUAUGGAGUAUAAGGCUUCCUAUGUUGUUAUUUACUGCACUGGUUUCACUGAUGAGUUCUUUUAUCCAUCCAUGGAAUGGUAUAAAUAAUAUACUUUAUUUAUUCCACAAACAACGAGCGACAUGGAACACAAACAUACAGUCAAGUACAGAUUGGGAUUUGUCUAAUUGGGAAGCUAUUGAAGAUGAAAAUGUACGUCAUGCCUUGUUAGAACUAGAGAAAGCAUCAGUAGAGGAACAAAAUGCUAUGGAAAAAUAUAACGUGUUGCAAAAUAUAAUUUCCACAUCUCUUCUCCAAAGGGAAGAACAACACUUAUUGGAAGAAUAUCAAUACAGAAUUUCUCAAGCACAAGAAGAAAUAGCCAAUAGUGAAGCUCGUUGGAAUCGUUGGAUGUUGGGAAUUCGACGGUUGGACAUAUUGGAAGCUAUCGGAUUAUCCACAGCUACUCGUAUGGCUCAACUUUGUGAUGAAUAUCAACAAUAUUUUCAGUCGCACCAAAAUGUUGGUACAUUUACAAGAUGUUGGGUCAAUUUGUGGUCGCUUUCGCUUGCAUUGGCAUUGGGAAAGUACACGGAGACUAUUUUUCAACGUUAUUUUUCAGAGAAACAAGAAACAUCUUCAUUAUGGAAUAGCAUUUUUAUAGGUUGGAUAACUAGUAUGUUGUUAAAGGAUUUAUUGGAAAUGUUAAAAGACUAUAGAUUUGGUCAAGAAGUUUUUAUUUGGAAAGAAAGAGCUCAAAAAGGAAUGGAAAACUGGUUGGAAUUUCGAAAAGAUAAGAAACCAGAAUUGUAUUUCAAGUUGUAGUAAUAAAUAAUCGACUUUUUCCUCCUUUUCUUAUUAUAUCUUGAAAGCUAAGGAAACGAUUUCGUCAUUGUCUUGUCUUAUUCAAAAUAUAUCGUUAUGCAGUCUCAUGCAUUCGAUGGAUCCUUGGACUUUAGUAGAGCUGAAGUAUACAACCUUUAGGAUACAGACUAUUCACAACUACAUGAAUGAUGAUUCCGUUAUAGUUGUGGUUAUAUCUUUUGUUUUCAAGUUAUUCGAGUGCUUGUGAAGAAAGUGUCAUAUGGCUACCACCAUCUUUUGAAAAGAUAUGGAAAUGUUCAAACUAUAUCACUCCAAACAAGAUGCAAUAGGCUCUGUCUUACUGGUUGAAUUUUUGUAAGUGGUAACCUACAUAACAAAGGUUGUUGCCUGUUGGUCGAUUUGUUUUCUUACAAGGUCGUUAAACUCUAUCAAAUAGGAAUGGUUUCAGAGAUAGCAAUAGCAUGAGAUACGAACUGGCUUCCAAAUCGAAGCAAGAUUCUUCCCUUCAUGUAUUAUCAUCCAACAUAUUGGAGGCACCACCAGCUUCAAUAUAGCUCUAUCGGCUUCUUUGAAGAUUCAUUUAGAAAUGAAAAAGCAAUACGGUUGUACAAUAAUUGUCUUAGAAAAUCAAUUGAAUUGCUUGCAACUCUUAAAAUUUGUUUUCGUAAUCGGAUUACAGCAUCUCAG